AUGGCACAAAUCCUAGACAGCAUGUGCGUUCUGGUUGCAAUGUCGAAUUUGAGACCUACACGAGAUUUUAUCAAGAGAGCGUCGGUUGCCCGAGGCGCUGCCAGCUAUGUUUGGCCGCAGAUUCGCGGAGCAGUCUUCGGUCAAACGCUACGCAGUGGCUUUCUCCACGCUCAACGGACAACAGUCGCUGCUGCGAAU